AUGGAGGGAAUCCAUCACGGAGGGCAUGCGGGGGCCCGACCGUCCGGACUGCCUUUCCCCGACAUUGACAUCGACUCGCACAUGAUGUCCGAUGACUUCUCCUUCGGCUCCCCGUUCAGUCCCACCAACUCCGCCGCACAGGACGGCAUGCUCCAGGAUCCCAUCUUCCCGGAGUGGAAAACCGGCGCCGCGCGCGGUGGCGAAAGUCCCGAAUUGCUGCAGAAACAGGAUCCGCUCGCUGCGCAGAUUUGGAGGCUCUACACUCGCACCAAGUCCCAGUUACCCAACCAAGAGCGUAUGGAGAAUUUGACCUGGCGGAUGAUGGCUAUGAGCUUGAGACGCAAAGAACGGGAGCAGCAGCAGCAGCAGCAGCAGCAGCAACAGCAGGCCAGGUCGUCGCAAUCCCAGCAAGAUACCCUCAGUCCCACCCCGAGCGGCAUCGCGCAAUUGCAUCUGUCCGACAAGGCAUCGAACUCGACCAACAUGAACCACGAUGCGACCCACGACCUCAUGAACCUGGAUGACUACAUUGUCCCCUUUGACUCCCCCGGCGACUAUUCCUCUUACCCCCAUGUCGACCGUCACUUUACCGCGACACCGACCGGUAUCCCCAUCAAAGCGCGCAAGGACCAUCCGAUGGCCGACUCGAACGUCGCCGCAUCAUUCCCGCAUCCGGCGCAGGAGCAGCGCAAGAACAGCGAGUUUGGCUACGUACCCCGUCGAGUACGCAAGACGAGCGUCGACGAGCGUCAGUUCUUCAACGGUCUCGGAGUUCCCGGUCGCAAGCGUCCCGCCGAGGCAUCGCCUCAGGUGCCGCCCGUAUCCAACGCCAUGUUGUCGCAGCACUCGGAGUUGUCGGCCGCCUUGCCUGAUUACUCUUUAGACCACCCGCCCUCGGCCUUUGCCGUGCCGGGGAACGGCACCGUGGGGCCCCGUCGUCACCAGCAUCACCCCACAGGCUCGGGUCUUCCCUAUGGUAUCGACACGUUUGGGGUGGGCGAUGAAUCCGGCAUCAGUUCGGCUGGUCCAUACCAGCAGCACUUCGCCUUCUCUCCUUCCGAUUCGCCCAUGGCGGCCAGCAACCCUUUCUCCAAUCUCUACGCUCAGACUCCGAUGGCUUCAUCCCUCAACUCCACCGAAUUCUUCUCGCCGCCCCCGUCAGGGUAUCAGUCGACCGUUUCGACCCCUCAGCCCAUUUACGAGGGAGAACAGUCGAUGUUCUUUUCGGAUGCGCCCUCGGCGGAAUCCCACUCACAGCGCCGCAUUCCUAACUACAUUCAACAUCGUCAGUCAAACCUGUCGGCAUCCCUGCAGCCCCGCCACAUCUAUAAUACCAACGGCGACUUGCAAUCCAACGGUGCCGUCACCGGCCCACCGAGCACCAUGCACUCGUCCGCCUUCUCAUUGCCAGGGCCCCAGCAUGUGGAUCCCUCCCAGGUCCUUGGCGCCGGCGAGUUUUCCACGACGGCGCCGAGCAGCGGCAUGUUCACAUUCGGCGGUGAUUCAGAUAACGACGACGAUGACGGCAACCAGUUUGAACGCGGCGGAAUCGCCAUGCCCCACGACUUUGCGUCACUGGAUGACACCGGUGACCUGAAUGCCGGUUUGACCUGGGAUACCGGCUUCCCGGGAUCGGUUCAGUCGUUGCCGGGUUUCAACGGUCAGCAUCGCAAGCAUGUCACCAUCGGCUCGACCGAUAUGAUGGAUGGCCCGCCCGAGUGGCACCACAAUGGAAGCCUCGGUCGUGGCCAUGGCUCGGCCGCCUCCGUCAGCGAUGUGCGUAACCGAGAGCUGGAUCCUCGUCGGCAGAAGAUUGCUCGUACGGCCUCCACUCCCAACGCCCCAGGGCUACUGCGGCAGCACAUCAGCGGCACGACCAGUGGCCCGUCGACUAACCACCCAUCUCCCAGCACGCCGCCUGAAUCUGGCCUCAGCAGUGCUGUGCCCUCUAGGCCGGCCAGUCCCGGCGGUUCUAAGAACGGAGACCCCAAUGCCGGGCCGACCACAUGCACCAACUGCUUCACCCAGACCACCCCUCUCUGGCGACGCAACCCCGAAGGCCAGCCCCUGUGCAAUGCAUGUGGUCUGUUCCUGAAGCUUCACGGCGUCGUUCGGCCGCUGUCCCUGAAGACCGACGUUAUCAAGAAACGCAACCGGAGUAGUGCCAACAGUCUCGUCGUCGGCACCUCUCGCUCGUCCAAGAAAUCUUCUCGCAAAAACUCCGUUGUGCAGGCCCCAACCAGUGCGGGCGUCUCGCGCGCCCCCGGCGGUACCGCCUCCGAGUCACCACCUGCGAUUGCUGCGUCCAGCAAAUCCGGCGUGGUGCCCAUCGCAGCCGCUCCGCCAAAGGCCGGGCCCCCGGCCGGAGUUUCUCAUGCUCGGGCCGGUGUCCAGGUGGCACCUCGCCGCCAGCGUCGUUUGGAGAGGGCCCCAUUCGGGUCCGAUCUGGACAUUGAUGACAGCCCAAAGACGAGCGUGCCCUCCGGUCGAUCCAAGGUGGUACCUUUGGCGCCAGCGAUGCCACCCGCAGCAGCGAACCCAGCCAACCACAGUAUUGCGGGUGGUCAAGGUGCGAGCCAGGAGUGGGAAUGGCUCACCAUGAGUCUGUAG